AUGGUCAAAAAAUCAGAAAAAUGCAGCAGCAGCAGCAGCAGCAGUAUUGCAGAUGGAAAACACCCUAUUUAUCGCGGUGUACGAAUCAGGAGCUGGGGAAAAUGGGUGUCAGAAAUCCGCGAGCCGAGGAAAAAAUCAAGAAUUUGGCUAGGCACAUUUGCAACUCCUGAGAUGGCUGCCAGAGCUCAUGAUGUUGCUGCUAUAGCAAUAAAAGGCCACUCUGCAUUCCUCAAUUUUCCUGAUUUGGCUCAUAAAUUGCCCGAACCAGCCUCCAAGUCUCCGAAAGAUAUUCAAGCAGCCGCAGCCCAAGCAGCAGCCAUGGAUGACACUACUACAAGCCAUGAAACUGAAACUGAAGCUGAGCUGAGCGGAGCUGAGACGAGGCCUAGUGAGGCCUUUGGAGAGUCCUCCUCAACGUCCCCUACAAGGCGCGGUGAGGACCCUUUUCUUGGCUUACCACAUCUCUUCCAGCCUAAUUUGGGUCCUAAAUUUGGCUAUGAAUUCCCAUGGAGCCUGGCUCUAGCCGAGACCAUCGAUGGUGAAAUUUGGCUUGAUGAGCCAUUAUUAUGGUAG